AUGAUGUUGCUCAAAGGUUGUACUUGGAAGAGUACCUCACCACAUGCACACGGUUGCAUGUUCAUUGUGUUGUGUUGUUUCAUGAUUAUCAUAAUGAUGAUGCAUGGAACAGUAAGUGCUUCCUGGAAUGAACGAGAUGCCACUCGAUUGAGAAAUAGAUUUGUUGCCAAUAUGACUCGACAUCAUGCUGAAUUUAUUGGAAAGUUUCCAGAGGUAAAUAGGGUGGAUGUAAGCUCCUUUCCAAUCAUUCUUGAUGAGAGAUCUAAUCAGAUAUUAAGUGUCUAUUGGAAUUUAGUGGAUCAUUCGGAGAGAUUAAUUGCAUUUGAUGUUUUGAGUGGUGGGAAAACAAUGGUUUCGUCUUUUGAAUUUCCAAAGAAUUUCUCAAGAUUGAAUGAGAAUAGAUCAAUUAUGGAUAAUGAAAGAAGUUUCAUGUACCUGCCAAGAAUUUGGAAUCAUAAGAUUUGGUACGUUUUGAAAAUUGACACUUCCAAAAAUUAUGAAACAUUUGGAAAGGCUGUUGUAAUGACAGGUACUGCAUCUGAAACUGAAAUUGUCGAUUUAGCCAUUGAUAACAAAUCGAUUCUCUAUGUUUCGUAUAAGGACAAAAUCUCAGCUUUCAAUAUGAGUUCACCUUAUUUAAAUGGUCAACUCAUGUGGACUGUUUUCAAUUACGAUCAAAACACAAUCGAGUUUGGAAAUAUUCUCUUAUCAAGUUCUUCAAUUUUCGUUUCGAAUAUUCAAAGAUCUCCAAGUCAAAUUAAUCCAUUCCAUGUAGGUCUCAUUGAAAUCAAUAGAAUGGGAGUAGUCGUUCAUAGAACUGCCUUUAAUCCAUCUUUGGCUACUAAAACUCCAUCAUUACCUAAUCAUAUAGUCAACUUGGAUGAUGGCUAUAUUUUGACAAGUCAUCAAUCAAGUAAUAUUUCAACUCAUUUGACACUCUAUCAUGAGAGUGAUAUUUCCCAUCCAGUUUCACAAUUCGAUUUGAGAAUGCCAAAAUAUUUGAAUAAUGUUAAAAGAUUUGAGUGCUCUAACAUUUUGGCAUUUACUGAAUCGAAUGAUGAUGACAAUAGUUUCUCCAUUCUUUGUACUCUAUCUGAAACUGAAAUUCUUGUUAAAACUGUCACUGUUUUAUUUAAAUUUGCCUUAAUUGACAAGGGAAGUGCCUCUACAAGAAUUCAAAUUACAGAAGAAAGUAUAUACGAUUCUCCUCGUUUCUAUCUUUGUAAUACUCAAUUGGUUACAUUAAAUCAUGGAGGUGGAGGUGAUGAUAAUGGAGAUAAUUUCAAUGGAGAUUAUUUUGGUUUCGUAUGUGAUAAUCAUGUUAUAAUUUAUUCACAGAGUGGAGUUGGAGAAGCUGCAAGUAGAAUUAUAUUAGAUUCGAAUAUAAGUGCUUUCAGGGAUAUGAUUGGAGCUGCCAAUGGAAUGUUUUAUUUAAUGACGGAUUUAUAUCUUCAAAGUUUGAGGCAUAAUAUUGAAUAG